ACCUAAGAGAAUUUAAGCACUACGCACCACAGAACACUUUUACUCUAAUAAGCUACGCACAAUACCAACACAAUACGCAGUACGCAGACUACGCACUGUGACUAUUCGUGUGUAGUGUGUACAAAAAUUAUUUGAAGAGUUGUAACUUGUAAACAAUAAAUUUCGUGUUGUACAAAAUAUAUUUCAGCGUGGUGGUUUGCCAUAUACAGCCUAUAUUGUUUAGUCAAUAUUUGUUGUAUCCAGGAAUAUUUAUACAAAAUAGUCCGAUUGUAUAAAUUGUAACCGAGAAAUAAUGGCAGAUCCUAAAGCUGAACAGCCCACAUCAGAUGUCGAAAGUAAUUAUUCUCAAUCUAAUGAUCCUAAAAAUAUGCAAGAAGUAACACAAUAUGUUCAGUCAUUAUUACAAAACAUGCAGGAUAAGUUUCAGAGCAUGUCAGAUCAAAUAAUUAAUAGAAUAGAUGAAAUGGGUUCCCGUGUUGAUGAAUUAGAGAAGAAUAUAACUGACCUUAUGACACAAGCAGGUGUUGAGAAUGACAAGUAGAUUUAAGCAUUCAGAAUUAGAUUAUUCAAGUAAAACAGGCUUAGGUCCAUUUUAUUCACAGUUUUAGAUCACACUUUAAUACAUGAUUGUAAACCAUUUUAUAUACAAAUAAAACUACAUAACAUUUCUCUUAAGCAAUAUUAUGAGAUCAAGAAUGAUUUAAUUUAUAAAAUAAAUUGUGAAUAAUGUAAGUAAAUAAACAUAAGAAAUAAAUACCAGACAUGCCUUAUGAUGUGAAGUUUGUCAUUUGGAAAUCCAGUGUAAAUAAAAAAUAAUUUAUGUAAAAAUCUUUAAUUUAUUGGUCCACUCUCAUUUAAAGACUUUAAUUUAAAUUAAGGUAAAGCUGCAAUAAUUUUUAUAAAUUUUACUGCACCAACAAAGGUAUGUUGAAACUGUUUAGUACUUUUAAUGCUAUGUAGUGUCAAUAUAGUUGUUAUUUAUGUAGCUUAAUCAAAUUUCAUUUGGCUGAGCACAGCAUAUUUAACUUGCAUGUUAAAACACUUUUCCCCUUAUUCAUAAUGGUCCGCUAACUUUAAACAGCUGCUAAGUAGUGUUUUUUCUCAUUCUGACUUAGUUCAAUAGAAGAAGGCAGAGUGAGAAUUUGCAAUGGUUUAAGUUAGCAGACUAUUAUGAAUAAGGGGGUUUAUUUAAUAAUUUAUCAGUGUAUUGUGAUAAUUUAAAACUGCAAUAAUUACAUUUGUUUUGCAUCAUCAAUGUGAUCAAGAGCUUAUUCUCCAUUUUAUGUUAAUUUCUUACUCCAUUUGUUUCAUACAAAAGCCCAUCCUUACAAAGAGUUCAAGCAAUGUUAAAAUCAGUCUGAUUACCUAUUGAAAUAAAAUGUUUAGGAUUCGUGUAUAUCAAAUUGUUUUAGGUUCCUUUAUGUAAAUUGUAAUCUACUUUUUAGUAUCUAUAUAUUGGUAUGUGGCAGCACUGCAUCAAUUAAGUUCUACAAAUAAUAUAUAAUAAUAAUCUUUAUUUGAAAAUGGUCAGUUUUACGAUUUUAAGUAAAAGUUUUUCUCAUCUCACCUAAUGUUCUCCUUGUUCCUAAGUUACUGAACAUGACUUAAUUCACCUUAUGAACCAAGUGUAUCUCUAUAUAUUAUGUCGUAGGUAUAUUGUUAAAGCCAUGAUAUUACAAUUUCACUAGUGAUUUUACAAUAAACCGGUAGAUUUUUACCGUUACCGUUUUUUUUACGAAAUUAUAAUAUCAUGGCUUUGACAAUAUACCUGCAAUAUAUGUACUUAUAUAAACCCAUAUGGAUUUUUCUCGAAUGUUCACAAUGUAGGUAAUAUUAAGAAAGAAUUGUAUUUUAAACAAAUUGUUUACUGAAUUCUACCUACCGUAAAAAGUUCGAUGUGAAAUCCCUAACAAUAUUUCGCCAAUAGUGCGUCAGAACAUAGAUACUAAUAUUGUGUAUACUAUUGUGAUACUGGCUUGUCAAAAAAUUAUCUGUAAUUACUGAUUAUUAUAUAAUAAGAUUAAGUAUUUCAUUAUUCACGGCUUAUGUAAAUGUUAUUAUGCAUUACACAUAAGGUUUAGUAUAUUAUGUGCCUAGUUGAAUUCAUGCAACAUGUUUUGUAAUUUCACAAAAAUAAAUGAUAAUAACAA